UGGAUAUAUACAUGCACACGCAAUAUCAUAGCGGCGAACAGUCGACACGCGGCACUCGUACGAAGCGGGUCGUGCUCUCCUUCCUCCUCCGGUCUUGCCAGCGAGGGAGAGAAAGGAAGAGGAUAGAGAGUCUCAGAGACGAAGGAAGAAGUAUAGUAGUAACAGUAGUGACUCGUGAGAAGAAGUGAACGCUGCGCUCUCCACCCUUCGUGUCUUCGGGCUCCGAUCUUCCACGGCGAGGUAGUCGAGAGACAGAGAGACAGAGACAGAGAGAGAGAGAGAGAGAGAGAGAGAGAGAGAGAAAGAGAGCAAAAAGGCGCGCGACUCUUCGGCUUCUCGCGGAUUCAUAAUCGCACUCUCGUGGGCGCGUCUUCUACGAUGAGCUUCACGGCGUCCCGCGCCGCGUCGUCGUCGUCUUCUUUCGCCCACGGGGAGCACGGCGCGCAAGCACGCAAUAAUCGGACAUCCUGCCCGCGCGAUUCCCCACGUCUCGCAGGGGGCUGCUGCCUCCUUUAGGAUGCCACAGCGGCUUCGCGACCGAUCAGCUCGCCGCUGAAUCGCUCUCGAUCGGACUUGGAACCAGGCCAGCGGCUCUGCCAAAACUCGGUAGCACUCUCGGCGCGCACGUCCGCUGGAACACGGCGAGGAACAACCGCGAGCACUUCGUCCAGUCGAGGAACCGCGCGCGCGCGCAUUUAUCAUUAUUGUUAGCGCGGAACUCGUCCGCGCGCGCGGCACGCCGAUCAUAUCGAGUGCAAUCGGGACAUUCGCCGGUCGCCCUCGCGGCAAGGACAACCGAAGCGGCGGCGGCGACGGCGACGGCGGCGACGUAGGACGGGUCACGAAACGUCCGACGUGCACCCCGUGGCCCGAGAGAGAGUAGCCGGUCCGACCGGCCGCGAAAUUGUGUACCUGGCUAUGGGCAAGCAGCCAAUAAUAAUCCCUCGACGUGACACUCGUGACAACGCAAGGAGGACCAGCAAGGAGGAGAAGCCGACGGCGACGAGCACGGUGAUCGCCGGUGGUGCCGUAUCGCGAUCCAGCGCGGCUAAUAGCGCGAUCGCCGAUAGCGCUGCCGCCGAUCGCGAUCGUCGGCUCCACGUAGCUCCACGAGACGUCGACGACGACGACAGCUCCUCGUCGAGAGGAUGCGCGGGGAGGAGAUCGGCGGCGACGACGACGGCGGCGGCGGCGGCGGCGGAACGUCUGGUCCCGGGAAUUGCUAAUCGCCCGAUCAGCGGCGCGAUCACCGGCGCCUCGAGCGAGCCGUGUCGAAGGUAUCGCGAGGUCGUCUUCGGCGCGACGCGACCACGCAGGAACACCUGGCACGCCGAUCGCCCAGAAGGCGAAUGCGUCGUCGAAGUGACAGCUACCUCAGCGAGAUUCGACAUCAGCAGCAGCAGCAGCAGCAGCAGCAAUGUCAAGGAGAACCGCGUGCUCGACGCGACGGGCGCACCCGGAGCACGUUGGAGCCGUUGGAACGGCAGGAUCGCCGGCGACAAGAGCACUUGUUGCGCGAGCGACGUCGCCUCUCCUCACGCGCAACGACCUCGCGAUUGCAUAGUCCGCGCCGCUGGCUGCUCCUUCCCCGUCGAGCGGCGAAGCCGACGAGGCGGCUGCGGCGGCGACGGUGUCCUGCUGACUCGUAGUAGGUCCAUCGGCGCGCCUAAUAACGAUAUUCCGAAAGCCGAUAUUCAGAUACUCCUUAGCACAGUAGAUAGUAUUAUGCUUGUGAAUACGGGACGGCAAGGUCGUCGGAAUCGGUUCCCCGUGGCGCUGGCUGCUAGCACGAAUGUUGCCGAGCGCGACGGAAAUAUCUCGGCCGAAGAUAUCAUCAGCAAGGCGGCUGAACUCGUUGACGCAAACAGCAGAUCGCUGAUAAUCGUCCGCGAGAGCCGAGAGUCGAUCGACACGGGACGCGUCGUCGGAGGCAUCCCGGUAUCCAGGUCGCCCAGUGGCGACAGUAACGGCAUCGGCGAAUCCGCCAGGCUGCUCGAUAUCGGUAUUGACGAUUCUUCGUACGCGAAACGGCCGCCUCGCUGCCUCGCUGCCGACGAGGCAGCCGACGGCACGACGACGACGACGACGACGACGACGACGACGACGACAGCCACGUCGUCUUCCGGCAAGACGAUCGCGCGAAUCCGCGACGUUCCCGACGAAGCGCGACCGAGGCGGACCAAGACGGAUACGUGCUGGAGAUUGCCGACCACGAGGGUCGGCUUCGUCUUACGGACUCUUCUGCUGGGGCUGCUCACGAGGAGUUUGCUCUGCGACGCCGUGCUCGGCGCUCCGUCAUCGGCCGAGGCCAACUUGGGUGACCCGAUCGACCUCGAUGUCGAAGAGCUGGCCACGCCGGGGAAACACCUCCGCGAGGACGAGCUGGAGAUCAUCCGGAGGAGCAUCGUGCAAGGUCUCGGCCUACAGAGGAUACCUGAUGCUUCGAAGGCGAACGUGAGCCAGGUCGAGUACGAGAGAGCGCACAGAAAGUACCUGAAACAAGUGCAGCUGUCGCACGACGGACAGGAGUCUAGAAAGCGGCGGAGCCUCCACGUAUUCGAGCCUGCAGAGCAUCCUGGGAAUAGGCCGGGUCUUACCGUCAACCUUGACGACGACGAGGAUGACUGGAGAGGGAAUCACCGUCACUCCUUGUACUUCCCCGUCGCAGUUCCGGAUGAAGAGAGAGACGAGGACGUCACGGUCGAUCACGCGACCCUGCGAUUCCUCCUGCAAGGCGACCACCGAUAUCCGCGCAAGCUGGAGGUCCUGGUAUACCUCCGGACGCCGGUGUCUCGGCGUCUUCUCCUGCGAAGUCGGAUUCCACAGACGGACUCGUCCAAGGACUCCCGUUGGCUCGAGUUGGACUCCACUGAGAUCGCCGCGAUCUGGCUCGAGAGAGACCCCGAGGAGAACCGCGGUCUCGAACUGGAGUUUCUUCACGAUGACCUGCCGACGCGUCGUGAGAUCUUCCACGCGAGGCUGAACGUCUUCACCACGUCGGAGACGAACGACAACGGCGGCGCUCGCAGGCAGAAGCGGCACACACCCGAGGAGGUGCUGCAACGGCACGAGCGACGCAGCGACUGCAAGGGCUACAACAACAAGAGAUGCUGCAGACACGAGAUGACGGUGAAAUUCAAGGACCUGGACGGCUUCGACUUCAUCGUAUACCCGAGGAGCUUCGACGCCGGCUACUGCAAGGGUCGUUGCCCGCCUCUGUACAACCCGGCGCAUCAUCACGCGCUGCUGCAGAGCCUACUGUGGAAGGAGGACCGGAAGAGGGUGCCGAAGCCGUGCUGCGCGCCCAGCAAGCUCAACCAGCUGAUGGUCGUCUAUUUCGAUGAGAAGCAACCCACGCAGCUGCAGGUGUCUUACUGGCACAAUAUCACGGUGGAGGAGUGCGCCUGCUCCUAAGGGCAGUGCUGAAGGGCAGCACUCCGAAGCCGAGAGCAGGGAGAAGGGAGGAGGAAAACGAAACAGUCUACCAUCGCCGAGGACUCACCAAAGAAUCGUCCGAAUUGUGGUUCGGUGCUGCCGCACGCAUUCUCGCGAUCGCGCGCGCCGGUGCGACGAGCCUCGUUCCGAUACUUCGACGGGAAUACUCGAGUUUCCUUGAGAUUCGUCUGAUCCGUCGGAACAAGCGACGCAACCGCAGAUAACGAUGACGGCAAUAUAUCGAUAACGGUAUCUCAGUAGCAGUACCGUUGUUUAUAUAUUAUAUAUAAUUAUUCAUAUAAAUAAUUGAAAGAAUAUAUAAGAGAGAAUAAUAAUCACCCGAGACGAGCGUCUUUUCAGGAUUCCCGCGCGCACCUCCGUGUACGAUCUUUUCAGACUUUCGAUUCUCUCCUCAGCCCGGACAAUUCUUGUAGUCGAUGCGAGGAAACCGGAGAUUGUCGAUCUCUCCUCUCUCUCUCUCUCUCUCUCUCUCUCUCUCUCUCUC